UACGAAAAAAACAGCAGAACAAAAGGUGAAGAUGGUGAAGGUUUUGUUGGUAUUGAUAGCUUACCUAAGCUUUCUGGUGGUUUCAGGUCACGCCAUCGACUCUCCACAGUACACAGUUGUACACUCACAAUCUGAUUUCCAGAUUAGACUCUACAGACAGUCCUCUUGGAUGUCUGCUACCGUCCAUGGCACCUCUUUCAACAAGUCCACGAAAGACGCCUUUCACAGGUUGUAUAAAUACAUUCAUGGUGCUAACCUUAACUCUUCCCAGUUUGCCAUUACUGCUCCUGUUUUAACAAGCGUCACCCCAUCAGCACUUGGGUCUGAAUAUACUGUGAGGUUCUUUCUUUCUCCAAAGUAUGAGGAAUCUCCUCCACAGCCCUAUCCUGAGCUGAACUUGCAGUUUGACAAAUGGAGAAGCCACUGUGUAGCAGUCAGAGUGUUUCCAGGGUUCGCCAAGGACGACACCAUCAGCAAAGAAAUAAAAGCUCUUGAGACCAGUUUGGAUGAUUACUUGUUUGGAAAAUCAGCAGUUCUAGAAGAGAAGAAUUCCUACACAAUAGCCCAGUACAAUGCUUCAUAUCAUCCCACUGGCCGUGUAAAUGAAGUUUGGUUGAAUAUUUCUGGUUUAACAGCAGAAGGAUGUCCAUCCUAUGGAGGGAAAUAUUGAUUAAUUUGACUGUUGUGUGGUAUUUCGAAAUAUCAAGGAAUAUGACGAAGCAGAAAUAAUGUAAUUUAAUGUAAACAUGCCCGUAUGAAUUCAAGAAAGAGGGGAAUUUCCUUGGUCA